ACUGAAUAGGAGACCCGCGAGCUUCAACCUCUCCACGACCUUUUUUAGACUUCCCCGUUCUCAUUUACUGCUUAUAAAUAUGCACAGCCCUUGCUUUCUAUGAAAAGUAACCCAACCUCUCUCUUUCCCUUCAACACGCCGAUAGCUGACCAAGACCCAGAGGAAGAAGAAGAAGAUGGGCUUACAGAGCCACCUCAACGACGUAUCCUCUGAUUCAAUCCCGUUGUUGUUGCUAGCUGUCGUUGCUAAAUUCGUCGAUCACCUCCGCUCUUUACUUUUCGCCCUCUUCCACUCCUUGGGUCUUUCGCGUUUCGGCCCUUCCCAUGCCGUAGUCGAUGAUGGCCUCGUGGGCUCUGGACUCGCUGGCCUCAUCGUCCUCGCCGAGCAGCUUAAUCUCAACCGCGUUUUCUCUUACAGGUACUGCUGUGGAGGCGGAGAUGAUUUUAAUAGUGCCAAUAAGGGGGGAUCGGAUUGUGUGGUGUGCUUGUCCACCUUAAGAGAUGGGGACCAGGUAAGGAAGCUUGAUUGUUGCCAUGUUUUUCACAAGGAAUGCUUUGAUGGCUGGCUUGAUCAUCUCAAUUUCAACUGUCCUCUAUGCCGGUCGCCGCUGGUAUCUGAUGAGCGCGUCGAUUUCACACGGAAACGCGUGGGUGAGGAUUUAAUGGAUUGGUUUUCUAUGAGAUAAAGCUGCGAACGGGUCAUGAUGUUUAUUGCAUGUCGAUCGGCGGAUGUUGAUGAGAUGAGGUAUGAUCAGCCGAUCAACGGUGGUUGAAGGCAGUUUCUUUUUCCACUUUUCGCUUUUGAAUUUUCUUUUUUCUUCUUUUUGAGAGCUCUUACCUUAUGGCUACGGGUUCUUUUUCUUCUCUCCCCCGUUUUUUUUUUUUUGGUUAAUUUUUUUUCAGUGCUGUAAAUUUUUUAGAUUUUAGUGAUUGUUGCGAGAGGGUCUUGUACAAAAGCUUUUACUUAUUGGAGAGUUUUUUUUUUUUUUUUUU